ACGCUAAUAAGUAACAGCCAGGUAAGAUAUUUUUUAUGAUAACACCUUAAUUCAAAUUUAAUAUGUUUAUUACGUAAAAGAUUAGGAGCUAUACGUGAAAUAGCACGUAUUUUGGCACUCGGUAGAUUGGAGCUUUCUGUAUAGAAUAACAUUGCCCAUUCAUUAUUUUAUUGGGUAAUAUGGAAAUGUUUAUAAUCCACGCAUAAAAAGUGAAAUGUUGUAUGUGACAUAAUCGAGUUGAGAGGUGAAAUUAUGAGGCAGUUAACCUCGAGUGGUUCCGUUCGAGUAGGCGCCACCGCCGAUAGAAAGUUCAGCUGCACAGUGCACCCACUGCAUUACUAAACAGUUUCUCUGUAGCCUUCGCGGAGAUUAUACGCUGUGUUACAAUUCCAUCAUGACUUUACUGAUUGAAACCGCUGUUUGCCUAUCAGUGGCCCCUGAAAGUGAGCAGGUCAGUACCAGAAUUGUGAACAGAAUGUCGGCAACAGGCCUAACUUCAGAAGCUCAGUUGCGGUACUUACUGCAAUGGUUCGGAGAGUUCAGUGAACUCCAGCGUGAAGACUUCUUGCCUGUGCUGGCUGCAGCUCGUGGCGGUCAGCCAGAACAGCUUGCGGCCACACUGGCUGCUCUUUCUUGCCAGGACAAGCCUGUUAGCUUGUUUCAAUGUCGUAUCAAGCUAUUCAAUGAGUGGUAUCCUACAUGGGCAGAGGAAGAACAAGAUAGGCUUGUGAAAGGCGUUACAGACAUGGAUCCAGACUUUGGAGAGAAAUUGCAGAAUUACAUUGCUAAUGGUCCACCUGUCAAUGGAGAUGUUAAUGGUUUUCUGGAGACACAUGAAGAAGAUCCGAAGAAUGAACAGGAAGCUUGUGAUGAAUCUAAUGAAGCAGAAAAUGAGCAAGUUAUCCCUCAAGAAAAUCUUCCUUUGGAAAUAGCAGCUGCCUCUUAAUUCAAUAAGUAUUUAUCUUUAUUUUGUGUUAGAAAUCAUUUAUUUAUAGGACCUCUCAUUAAUUUCACAGCGUCUUUAAAGGAUUUUAUUUUAUAGGUAUUUUUAUGGAAUCUCAUCUAUGUAGACAGUCUAUGUCUUGACAGCUUUUUAUCUAUAUUUAUAUGAAAUUAAUUGAAUUCAUCAUUACUUGUUAGAAUAUGUCUACUUGUAGCUUUGUAAAAUGCAUAAAUUAAUCAUUCCAGUUAACAUUCCGUUAAAUGAUUCCAUUUAUAAUGUACUGUAAGCUAAGAAUCUCACAUUUAUUGUUUGAAUAAUAUUAUAAGAGCAUUUAUUUAUAAAAUAUCCUAUUAGAGAUCAGUACAAUUUAAACUAAUAUUUAACAUAAAAAUACCAAAUAUUUUGACAUAUCUGUACAAAUUUUAAAUGAAAAAGAAACUUGAAUCUGUUUCAAGAUGCAUUAAUUUUACUUAUAUUUUAGCAGGUGCUAGUAGUACCACAUUGAACUGUUAGUUAGUAUGGAUUAUCGAGAAGAUCAUUUUUUUUUAUUCAGUUAUCUCAAUGCAGCAGUAUUGUGUGCCAAAUGGCAGCUCUGAUAACAAUGAUUUGCAAUAUUGUGCCAAUGUCAAGAUUAAUAGUUUUCACAAAAAUUGCCAAGGUGUAGUCAAAUAAAACUGAGUUGUAUAAAAUGAAUUUUAACAAUAUUAAUCAUGCAAAAGGUGCCAAAUAAAUUAUAUGCCAUAUUGUAACACCUCAUUACAAAAAAGUGACAUUCUAUGACCAAGGUUAGUUCGCUAAAUAAUAAAAAUAUAGAAAACAAAUAGAUUGUUUGUAAGUGAUAUGUAAAGUAUACAAAGAUUGAAAUGUAAACAUUUAUCUCAGGACUUGAAAAAACGUAAAAAAUAGGUUAUCAUAUUUUUAAGCAUUUAUAAAUCUAGAGAAAAAAAAUGUAGUAUUUUUUUUUACAUUGUCUGAAUCAUUAAAUAUUAUCUACAGCCGAUGGGAUCAUCCUUAUUUUGAUAGUAAUAAAGAUCAAGUUGCGGACUAAAAACCCUAAUUUGUGUAAACUCUUGUCAUAGUCAUAAUAGAAAAAUAAUUUGUCAGAUGAAGGUUGGAUGAUGUAUUUAUUUCAGUGAUAGCUGGUGCUGAAGAGGGAUUGAAAAGUAUUAAGUGUAGGCCAUUUUAGGAGAUAAAUAAUACAUGAUAUUUACACAUUUAUAUAAAUAAAUUAAUUUAGAAAGUAAA